AGCUGAACUAUAACUGUUGCAAAAUAUGAGAUUAAUCGAUAAAAUUAUAGGUGCGAAGUACGCAAUGAUUUCUAUGAAAAUCCUCAUAGCAACCCUGUUGCGGACGCACAGAUUAAAAGUCGAUAAAAAGGUUAAAAUAGAAGAGAUAAAAUUGAUGGCGGAUUUUUUGUUUUAACGCCUGUCAUCCCUUUAAAAGUCAGGAUUGAAAAGAGAAAGUGAGAACCUAACAAUACAAUAAUAUAUUAUUAAUAUGCUAACGGAGGAAAUGGUAUUUAUUAUUACUAUAAUUAGUUGAUAACAUUUAUAGUUUUAAGUUAAUUGGUAUUUUAUAUAGAAUACUACAAUAUGUGAACUCAGUUAGAUUGACAUAAGUAGCGUGAAAGUAAAUUAACAUAAAUGAGUUAUUUUUGUUUCUUAAAUUUUCGUUGCGGCGAUUUGCAAUUUUAUAUAUAAAUGAAUAUACAUUAAUUGUUUUAAGUGAUUAAUUAUUUGUAUUUUUCGUAUAACACACAUAUAAUUCAAAUCUAUUUAUUAUGUAAUUUACCGUUGCGUAGAUAAAGUUGCCGAAAUUCAAGAAAUAUAUCUUCGUUGUAGAAUUAAUUAAAGUAAUUAUUUUGCUGAUAACCAGUUGUAACAUUUUGGAAGGUCUUGUGAUACAGGUGACAAAUCUGUUAGUUCUCGAAAAUAUUAAACAAAGUUCAUUCUCGAUGUGCCAACUGAAAUGACAAUGAAAGAAUCGCCAACAUGCAAUGUAGCAUAGACAAGAGAAUAAUGUGUGUAUACAGUGUGUAAAAUGGUACCAACACUCAUGAGGUUGUAGAAUGGAUUGUGGUGAACAAAAAUUUAAAUAUUUUUAAUUUCUAAUAAUUUUUGAAAUAUUAAUUAUAGAAAAUUGCAUGAAACUGAUGGGAUCUAAUCAUUUUCUGGCACUGUCUAUCGUCCUCUUUUAGAAGAAUAUUUAAUCGUUCUAAUAUGAUAGAAAAGACUAAAUAUAUCGUGCCGUAUUCUUGGCAUCUGUCAUGAAUAAUCUUUUAGGAGAAUAUUUAUUCGUUCGAAUAUGAUAGAAAACAUUAAGUGUAUCGUGUCGUAUUCUUGGAAUCUGUCAUGAAUAAAACAUUGAAAAUCUGUUGUAAUCAUCAAUGUAUCAAUAGUAAUGAUAAGAUAUACAAGAUAUACAAGAUGUAAGUAAAGAUAAGAGAAACAAAAUUCUCUAUAUUAUAGGUGAUUAUCUUUGAACACGGAAUUCGCCGUAUAAUUACUAUUGCAUUAUGUCAUCUUUGAUGGACUCGUUUGAUCGAUAUGACUUUAAGGCCGAUAUUCAUAGUCGGAUCUUAUAUUUAAAACCGUCUUACGUUUAUCUUCAAAUGCUUUGUAGCCAAUAAAAUCGUCUGUACACCAUCUAAAGAUGAACUUAAGACGACCUUAAAUAUAAGAUCCGACUAUGAAUUCCGGCCUAAGAGUUUUAGUUGCGUCAUAAUGAGUUGCACAAAUGAGAACAGUAAAAACUUGAUACAUUAUUAGUGUUAUGUAUGCAAAAUAAUUUUUUCUGCGAAUGCAUUAUUUGCGUCGAUGCGUACAGCUCCCGUGUCUUGAAGUCUACAUUCUCAUUCUCAUUUCCAAGUGUGGCAGUUACUACGAGUACACUAAGUAGCAGUGAAUGUGCAAGGUCUGGUGCUUCUUGCUUUAUGAAAAUAUACAUCGAUAUAUUGGGUUUUUCAGAAAUUUCAGAAAUCGAUUUUUUAAAAGAAGGAUGACAUGACUAUAUGUAAAAUAUUUUUACAGUUUCCUGAAGUAUAUAGAUUGUCUGACGAAAAUUAUACGAAAUUACAUAUGAAAAUACUGCACGCCGAACUGAACAAGUGGUUAUUUGCAAAAUGCUAGAGCUCCUCCUGCUCAGAUUGGCAUAUUAUCGCAUGUGGUUUUAUACACCUAGCGUCAGACAUACUUUAUAUAGGCCGUUUCUUUUCAUAAUUUGUUACAGUCAUCAGUCAUCAGUGUUACAGACAGUCAUCAGUCAUACAGUCAUCAGUGUACACUGACCAACAUUUCUCAGAUACUGCGUCGAAAUUUUGAAAACGGUAAAUGUUUAAACUGUAAUGUUAUCUAUCUAUUCCAUAUAAUAAUUCUAUAUAUACAUACAAAAAUUAAUAUAAUAACUAGUGUAUAUAUAUAUAUAUAUAUAUAUAUAAUAAUUAAUAUAAUAAUUAAUAUAUAAUAUGAAAAGAACGGGAUUAUGACCUGAGUGCAUUGAGAAUUGUAUUUUAUACUUAUAAUCACGUAGAUGAGUAAUUAAUCACUCAACACAAUGUCUAAAAUCGAGACACAAAAUAUCUUUAAAGCGUUUUUAAAGACUUCUUACGUCCCGAUUUUAGAUAUUGUCUUGUGUGAGUAUACUUGAGCAAAUCUUUUGUAUUGAUAUUUCUGUUUUUACUUUCUCUAUUAGAACAUCCAAACAAUGUAGAUAGCGUAACAAAUUUACAUGAAACGGUACAUUUUUACUCAAAAUUUUCUCAUUACAGAGUUAUCAUUUGUUGAACGCAUAAAAACGAAUUAUAUCGCUCUGGUUACAUUGUCAUCUAACAGUUUACGAACAUAAUGAUGCUUACAAGUAUAGCUUUGAUCUUAAUAUGUGUUGGUAUAAUUCACUUAAUCCCAAAUUAUCGUAAGCGGUUACGAUUCAUUCAAACGGCAAAUGCACUACCAGGUCCAAAAACAAAACCAAUUAUUGGAAAUGCCCACUACUUUCUCCAGUGAAAUUUUAACGAACUGUUGGAUAGUUUAUGUUUGCUUGGUCGAACCAUUUAAAUUUUGCAUAUUCUGCUGCGGAAAAGGUAAAUAUCACAAAUACAUUUUCUGAUGGUGUUACAUGAUUUGCACGCUACAUAAUUUAUUAUUAUGCAGAUAAUACAACAAAAGAAAAACGAGAAAGUUAAUUUAGAUAAAAAUAAAAGCCAAUCCACCAAACCUUGUAAGUUGUCAACAUCUCUUUUAUUGUAUAUACUUUUACGUGAAUUAUUUAUGCAACUAAUAUUGAUAUGAAUACGAUGUGUGAAAAUUGCACGAAAAAAUACUAUAUAUUAUAUUUUAAAAUAAAUAGGCAUAUACAAAGGAAUACUUUCUUCCUUUUAUUAAUUUUCAACGCGUCAUUCAGACAGACGCAACUUCAUUCAUUGAAUGUGCACACAGAUAUGUGAUAUAUUUUAAUUAUUAAAAAGAUGAAUAAAUAAGUACACGUAAAAUCUAAUUCUCGUGAUGAAUUGACCAAAUUUAUUUUUUAGAAAUGUAUUUUGUUUAUUUUUUGCUCAAAUAAAAGAAUAGCAAGAAGGAGAUUUGCUGAUAUACUAAUGGAAACAUCUGACGAAGGCAAGAAAUUCACACGGAAAGAAAUUAUCGAUGAAAUCGUUACGAUAAUUACUGCCGGUACCGACACAACCGCAAUCACAUUAAAUUUUAUGAUGUUUAUGUUAGCAAAUUUCCCAGAAAUACAACAAAAAGUAUACGAGGAAUUGCUAGAAAUUUAUGGUACGCAAAAUCCAAAAUCCGCGCCCGUCAAUUUCGAGGAUUUGCAACAUAUGAAUUAUUUGGUGUGUGUUAUUAAGGAAACAUUGAGAAUCUUCCCCGUCGCGCCUCUCAUAGGACGUCAACUUAAUGAAGAUUUACUAGAAAAUAGGUUUGCUUAUAAACAAAAUUAUAUGGUGAAGCAAUAUAUAAGAAUUAUAGAAAAUAUACUUUACCAAAAGGCGUUGAUGUCUUAAUAACAACAAUAAACUUGCAUCGCAAUGAAAAGUAUUGGCCGAAAGCGUUGACAUUCGAUCCAGAUAGAUUUCUUCCGGAAAACAUAGCAAAUAUUCAUCCAUGUAGUUAUAUACCG